GUGUGUGUGUGUGUUAACAACGUGUGUGUGUGUUAAGUGUGUGUGUUACGUGUUAACAAUGUGUGUGUGUGUGUGUGUGUGUGUGUGUUAACAACGUGUGUGUGUGUUAAGUGUGUGUGUUACGUGUUAACAGUGUGUGUGUGUGUGUGUGUGUGUGUGUGUGUUAACAACGUGUGUGUGUGUUAAGUGUGUGUGUUACGUGUUACCAGUGUGUGUGUGUUGUGUUAACAGUGUGUUGUAUGUGUUACCAGUGUGUGUGUGUGUGUUACGUGUUAACAGUGUGUGUGUUACGUGUUAACAGUGUGUGUGUUACGUGUUAACAGUGUGUGUGUGUGUGUCUGUGUUAACAACGUGUGUGUGUGUUAAGUGUGUGUGUUACGUGUUAACAGUGUGUGUGUGUUUUCUCUAGGUGUAUGUGAGAGUGCAGCAUGCAGUCGGCUCCAGCAGGUUUGUGGGAACCCCAUGGACCCCAGUCUAAAGAUGUCUCCUCUCUCCCCGUACAUACACCCUCCGCCUCUCGCCUCUCCCAUGUGAUCGCUGCACCACCGGCUAAGAGAAUCACCUUCUACAAGAGCGGCGACGCUAAGUUUGCGGGAGUGAGGAUGGCAGUCCACAAACGCAGCUUCAAAUGCUUCGAUGCACUACUGGACGACCUGUCGCAGAAGGUGCCCCUGCCGUUUGGAGUACGUACGGUCACCACCCCCAGAGGAAUCCACAGUAUUAAACAUCUGGAGCAGCUGGAGGAUGGAGGGUGCUACCUCUGCUCUGACAGACGGCAGGCUAAACCAAUCAACAUGGAGCUGGCUGGAAAACGUCCCGCCCUCUGGCACCACAACAGAGUGCCACAGCGACCAGCAGAAGACCCCCCUCCUCCCAGUGCUCCAAGCCACACCCCAACACGGCAGCGACGCAUCCUAUUGGUCAGGAACAGCGACCCUGCAGUGAGGAGGAGUGUGAUUCUGAGUCGCCGCUCGGCCCGGAGCCUCCGAGUGUUUCUGGAGGGCAUCUCGGAAAUUAUGCAAUGUCACGUCAGGAAAUUAUACACGAUAGAGGGACGCAAGAUUGACAGUGCACACAGCCUGAUGACGUGUCCAGGUGUGUUGGUGUGUGUGGGUCGAGAGCCCUUCAGACCUUUACUCCUGAACAGUGUAUCCAAGCGCUCUGAGGAGAAACUACCUGGCCUGGGGACGCGGUCAUCUGGCAGUGGGGCCCGGUCUCCCGGUACCGGAGCCCGGUCCCCUGGUAACGGUCAGGGAGCUCGGUCACGGUCUAGUGUCUGCAGCGAAGGACACGGCAGCAAAAAGAACGUGAACUUUGGUCUGGAGACUAAGAAGACCAUCAUCCAUCCUUUCUCAGACUCUUCCAACCGCUCCACCCGUUUCUCUCUGUCCUCUGACAAGUCCUACCCUAACGGUGGCAAGGAGGCGGUGCUUAACGAUGACAUAGAGAAGCGGGUACUAGUGAACAAAGAUGGCAGCCUGUCUGUGGAGAUGAGGGUGCGGUUUCGUCUCCAUGACGACAAGAUGAUCCAGUGGUCCACGGAGAUUAAGAAGUCUCCCUCAGACUCUCUGACCAAUGACUGCUGUCCGCUCAGGGAAGCCAAGCCAUGCUACCUACAGCAAGGCCAAUCAGAAAGCUGCUCAGACCCUGACUCCGCCUCCUGUGUUGUUGAAGCUGCAGACUACACCCCCAAGCCUCCACAGCGCUCCCUGGAGGAGCCACAGUCACACUAUGCCUGCUGCUUCCAGAGACAGAACCCGGAGUAUGACCUUUGGGAGAACCCCGCCCACAUUCAGACCAAGCACUCCCACUCCAGGGUUAGACACACCCACUCCUCAAGCUCCUCCUCCUCCUGCCGCUCCAGCAGGGUGGUGAGAAGGCGGGCGACCCACAGGGAGUGCUCAGAGCCCGGAAGGGUUGUCCAGGAGUGCUACGUCAGGGAGGAGGUACAGCGUCGGGUGGAGGUGGAGAGGGAUGAAGGAAUGGUAGAGGUGUGUACAGUCAGCAGCAGCCACAGCGAGCUUAACCUGGGUGCCACAGACAACCAGGGGGAGGAGCGUCCUCUGUCUAGCUCCUCCCAUGUGCUCCAAGCACUUCAGGACGAUGUGGAUGAACUCCCUCCCAGCGUCUCACGCUGCUGCCAUAGCAACAACCCCCCACAAGCCCUGCCCUUGACCCCACCACCUCCCAGCCCUAUGUCUACCUCCUCCAGGAGCAGAAAACACACCCCUGCCCCACAGGGAGAGGAGGUGGGGGAGAGGGAAGAGAAAAGGCGUGAUGUGGGUGAGGAGAGGGGGAGCAGAACUUCCUCCCGGCGUUCUAGUAACUCGUGCUGCAGAGGAGAAGUCACCCCUAAGGCCGACGAGGAGAGAGUGGACAGCUGGCGGUCGAAGGCCAGCCAAGCUUCCCAUGGAUCCAGAUCUCUCUCCAACAGAAUCAGGACCCCUGUGGCUCCAGAGGAGGGAGAUGACGAAGCUGAGCAGGGAGGGAAGAGGGCAGUCAGCGUUAUGUCCACUCACACCGGCCUCUCCGGUGGCUCGGUGGGGUCCAUUGGGUCAGUGGGGUCUAUGGGGUCCAGUCUAUGUUCUCACUGUGGGGGGUGUGACCAAGGGUACGACCCUGUAUCCUGCCCCUCACAGAAGUCACAUAGGUCAAAGCGAUCUCAAGAAGAAGAGGAAGAGGAGAGGUCGGGAAGCGGACUCUCAGGUGGCUCAGAUGAGUGUGGAUUUUCUCAGAGGACCAACAGGUCCAACUGUACCCACUUCUACCAAGAGGGCCGAGCAGCCAGCAUGAUGUCACACAUGUCUCUGCCCGAGGAGGGAGAAGAUACAGUUACGGAGGGAGAGGAGACAGUGAAGGAGGGAGAGGAUACAGUGAAGGAGGGAGAGGUGGAGGUUGGAGAGAAAAGAGAGGGGGAGAAAGAGGAGAGAGCAGCCAGUGUCCUCUCAGCCAAAUCCUUCUCUUCAGUCAAGGGCAGGACCUCCAGAACCUCCCAUAAGUCUAAUGCCUCAGAAUCCCUUGCAGAUAUGGAGGGAGAGAUGGAGGAACAGAUGGAGGGAGAGUUAGAAGAUGGAGGAGAGCAGAGAGCAGCAAGCAUUAUGUCGGCUAAAUCUAAUCUCUCAGCCAAGUCCAGCAGAUCUCAUAAGUCUACCUGUAGCAAAGCAGAUGUGUCCACCAAAGCUUCAGAGAGGGUAUCAUCUCCCAGAUCAGAACCAGACGUUGCUGAGGAUACAGGAGCAGCAGAGACAGAGGAGAGAAGAACCAGUGUCAUGUCAGCUAAAACUAACGCUUCAGCAAAGUCCAGCAGAUCCCAUAAGUCGACCAACAGUUCUAAUGGUAGGGCUGUUUCUGCCAGCUCUGAAACACCUGAAGUCACUGCUAUUGAGACAACAGGUGAAGAGGGAGAGAAAACAGAGGAGAGGUUAGAGAGCUCCAUGUCUGUUAAAUCUAACCUCUCAGCAAAGUCUCGUAGGUCCUGUAAGUCUACCUGCAGCAAAGAUGAACAGGCCCCUUCCCCCAACUCACCAGAGGUACCAGCUACUGAACCUGAAGCUACUGGAGAGGAUGAGGGAGAGGAGAGAGCAACGAUCUCCGUGUCUGUUAAAUCUAACCUCUCAGCCAAGUCCAGCAGGUCUCAUAAGUCGACCUGCAGUAGUAAUAUUAGAGCUGUUUCUCCAAAGCCAGCAGCGAGUGAAACUCUAGUCAACGAUCCAGCAGACGCGAUGGAGAGAGCAGCGAGUGCAUUGUCAGCUAAAACUAGGGCUUCUAUCAAGUUCAACAGUUUCCACAAGUCUGCCUGUAAAGCUACCUCUCCAAAGCCAGCAGCGAGUGAAACUCCUGUCAACGAUCCAGCGGAGAAAACAGAGGAAGAGAAGACAGCGAGCGCAUUGUCAGCUAAAACCAGUCCUUCUGUCAGAUCUAGCAGGUCUCACACGUCUACCUGUAGGAGGAGUGUUAGGGCUGAGAUACCUGUUGCUAAAGACAUCCCUGCUAUUGAAACAACAGAAGGACAUGAGAAUGGGUCCACUGCUGCUGCUGCCGGAGAAACAGAGGAGAGACCAGCGAGCGCCAUGUUGGAUGACAAUAACGCCUCAGUGAAAUCUAGCAGAUCUUACAAGUCUACCGGCAGCAAAGCAGAACGGGCCCCUUCCGCCAACCCACCAGAGGUACCAGCGACUGAGCCUACUAUAGAUGCUGAGGGAGAGAAGAGAGCAGCAAGUGCCACGUCAAAGUCCAGCAGGUCCCUCAAGUCUACCUGCAGCAGGAGUGUCAGGGCUGAGACUCCAGGGACUAAAGACAUCCCGGUUAUUACGACGACAGGGGGAGAGGAGACGGUUGACGAUACAACUGCUGCUGGAGACACAGAGGAGAGUCCGGCGAGCGCCAUCUCAGCUAAAACCAGUGCUUCAGUCAAGUCCAGCAGGUCUCAUAAAUCUAGCUGCAGCAGGAGGGCUGAGACUCCAAGCUCUCAACCAGCCGAUGUCCCUGUUAUUGAAACAACAGGAGGAGACGAGGUCGGAGAGGAGAAAGAGAGAGCAGCCAGUGUCAUGUCAGCUAAGUCUAAUGCUUCAGCAAAGUCCCGCAGGUCUAACAGGCCCACUUGUAAUGGAAGUAGUAGAGCGGUCUCUCCAGUGGCUCAAGAUGUUCCUGCUAUCGAGACGACAGGUGGAAAAGAACAGAGAGACAAAUCCACCUCCUCUGUCAAGUUCAACAGGUCUUAUAAGUCUUCCAGUAAUAGGACUAUUGCAGAACAAGCUGAUGUUAUUGAGACCACCAGAGGAGAAGAGAAGGGAGAGAAGACAGAGAGAGCAGCGAGUGCCAUGUCAGCAGAAUCCACCACCUCUGUCAAGUCCACCAGGUCUCAUAAGUCUUCCAGUGGUAGGACGGUUGAAACUCCAACUGCAGAACAAGCUGAUGUUAUUGAGACCACCGGAAGAGACGAGAAGGGAGAGGGGACAGAGAGACCAGCGAGUGCCAUGUCGACUAAAUCUAAUGCUUCAGCAAAGUCCAGCAGAUCUCACACGUCUACCUGUAUUGCAAGUACUAGAGUUCCCUCUCCAGCACCUAAAACAGCAGACGUCCCUGCCAUUGAAACAACAGGGACUGACAGUGUGGGAGAGAAAACAGAGGAGACAUCAGCUAACGCCAUGUACAUCUCAGCUAAGUCCAGUACAUCUCAUAAGUCUAAUGGUAUUAACAGAAGUACGUUUCUGCACCUGAUAAAAGAGAGAGGUGAGAGAGGUGUUAGACCUGUCCCCAGCACUACAGGAAAUGACCUUGAGACAGACAGUGUGAAAUCUGCAAUGAGCACAAAACCCAAAAGAAAAGCAGAUUCCUCCACCACCAGAGCCCUCUCCAGAGCAUCACAGGCCAGUGCCAAAUCCACCAAUCAGACACCGCCUGCCACCACCGAGACCAAAGAGGAGUCUCAAAGUCAAGCCACCAGCCGACCUGCCAGCAAGGCUGCACACAGAGAUGAUGAUGUUAGAGAUCAUGUCACAGAGAAGACAACUCCCAGCGUACAUUCUAAGAGCCCUGCUGAAGCAGAAAGAGACCCCAGAGCGGCUUCCUCCGCCCGCUCCACCAGGUCAAAGGUGAAAGUUCAGAAGGCCAGCGAGGCCCAGGACAAUGAGAGGCCAGAGACAAGGGCCUCCUUCCUGCAAGUGAAAGGUCACAGGGUCAAAGCUCAGAGUGACACGGGCAGCGUUCGCUCUGUGAAAACCUCCAAAACGGAUAAGAUUGCGAUCAAAGGGAAUUCCAAACCAAAGUCAGCCCAAGCGGGAAACCCUACCUCCCAGUCCUUCAAUCCCUCCGAGGGCUCCAGACCCGCCAUCCAGCUGGGGACAGCCAGCGUCAGCAACAGCCUCCUCUCCCAGUCCCUGUCUGCAGCUGACCUGCUCAGGGGGACCAUGGCCGCCUCGCGCCUCUCCAGCCCUGCAGGGUCAAAGGUUAGCAUCCCUGAUAGUGGGAAGAGUGGGAAGAGUGGGAGUAGUCAGAGGAGGAGGAAGCUCAAACAGGAAGAGGCGAAGCUAGAGGAGCUGGGUCCCCUCUGUCUGCCCAAAACCUCACCCAAUGACGUGGUCAGUGAUUGGCUGAGAGGCAUCCCUGCUGACAGCGGCAUGGAUAACCCUGAAGAUGAGAUGAACGAGGGAAUUGAAGAGACAGAAGUAAAAAGGGAGGAAGGAGAUGAGAAAGGAGGGGAAACAGAGGGACAGGGAGGAGAGGAGACUGAGGAGAAACAAGAACUGGUUGAAACUACAGAGAUGGAGCAGGAGAACACGGCUGAAACAGGACAACAGGAAGAGGAAGAGGAGCAGGAGAACACGGCUGAAACAGGACAACAGGAAGAGGAAGAGGAGCAGGAGAACACGGCUGAAACAGGACAACAGGAAGAGGAAGAGGAGCAGGAGAACACGGCUGAAACAGGACAAAAGGAAGAGGAAGAGGAGCAAGAGAACACGGCUGAAACAGGACAACAGGAAGAGGAAGAGGAGCAGGAGAACACGGCUGAAACAGGACAACAGGAAGAGGAAGAGGAGCAAGAGAACAUGGCUGAAACAGGACAAAAGGAAGAGGAAGAGGAGCAAGAGAACACGGCUGAAACAGGACAACAGGAAGAGGAAGAGGAGCAGGAGAACACGGCUGAAACAGGACAAAAGGAAGAGGAAGAGGAGCAAGAGAACAUGGCUGAAACAGGACAACGGGAAGAGGAAGAGGAAGUAAAGAAGGCUGCCCGGCAACCAGAGGAAGAGGGAGAGAUGAAAGAGGAGGAGGAAGAGAGGGGAGAGGAGGAGGAAGCAGCAGUGGGGGAGAAGGAGAAGAAAGAUAAAGAAGAAGAGGAGGUGAAACAAGAAGAAGAGGGGGAGUUGGGAGCAGAAGAGGAGGUGAAACAAGAAGAAGAGGGGGAGGUGGGAGCAGAAGAGGAGGUGAAACAAGAAGAAGAGGGGGAGUUGGGAGCAGAAGAGGAGGUGAAACAAGAAGAAGAGGGGGAGGUGGGAGCAGAAGAGGAGGGAGAGUGCUCGGAGUGUGCUGACUGCUGCCCUGACCCAGCCCCGCCCAACAAUGACAUCACUUCUCCUUGUCAUCCCCACCUGUUCCUCAGUAGAGAGUCAGAGCUGCCUUGGAGCUGCCACUCAUCUGUGGCAGUAAUGAAGGUUCUACUGAGCCCUACACUGGGCCGAUGCAGCUCCCUGCCCGAGAUAAGUCCAGUGUACGGACGCAGACUGAGCUCCUCUGCUAAAGGUCUGCUGGACUGUCUGGCCCAGCUGCAGCUCAUCGACCCACCCCCUUCUCCAGCUGAAGCCUCAGGCCCUGACAGGGACCAACGGUACCAAGAGGUUAUGGAUAUACUAGAGUCACUGUGGCUGUCUAAGCCCGACCUCGAGAAGAGGAAGAAGGGAGAGGCAGAGGAGAAGGAGAGGCUAAAAGACUCUGGUGUGGACCUGAGCAGCGGCUCAGCAAGGUCUGGGGGUUCUGGGAAGACCAGACCAGAUGAAACAGCUGGUGACAUUACUCUCAUAGCGGAGGGAGAGGGAGGAGAAGGAGGAGGAGAGGGGGAGGCAGAUGGAGGAGAAGAGGGGGAGGCAGGAGAUUUAGAGCCAGAUGGAGGAGGAGAGGGGGAGGGAGAGGGGGAGGUAGGAGAGAGAGAGACAGAUGGAGGAGGAGAGGGAGAGACAGAUGGAGGAGGAGAGGGAGAGACAGAUGGAGGAGGAGAGGGGGAGGUAGGAGAGGGAGAGACAGAUGGAGGAGGAGAGGAAGCAGCAUCAGCAGAGCUGCUUUCAGACACGGCGACCCCAGACAUCGCCAGCCAAGUGCGGAGCAGCCCAGGGGACGAUGAGUCGUCCCCAGAGUCGCCCCCAGAGAGAGGUGAGAUGCUGCAGACCCUUGAGAGACUCAAAACCCCAGGGAGCCCAUCCACUUCAGACAGCACAGCCUACAAAUCCCCCACUGACACAGAGACAGACACCCUGGAGGACACCCCCAGCUCAGGGACACCCCCGUCAGUCCAGCGAGCGCUGCUCACCAAGCGUGUCUCCCAGGACCCUGACCCGGUCUGGGUUCUCAACCUGCUGAAGAAGCUGGAGAAACAGUUCAUGACCCACUACGUAGACGCCAUGACUGAGUUAAAGGUGCGUUGGGACCUAGACAACAAUGUGAUGUUGGACACUAUGAUCACUGAGCUGAGAGACGAGGUAAAGAAGAGGAUCCAGACGAGCAUUGAUCGUGAACUGAGGAAGAUUCGGGGGCGGGCGGGCCGGGGUCCGCGACCCCCUACCAUGUCCCGGGAGUCAACCGUAACAGACCAGAGGAGGCGGAGGUUGAAGGUCAUGAAGGUCCAGUCGGUAAACGAGAGUGAUGGAGAGCAGGGUUCAGGCGAUGUUAGCGACCAGCGCAGCGAGGACGAGUACUGUCCCUGCGACGCUUGCGUACGGAAAAAGGCAGAGGACAAGGCAAUCAAAAUGGAGGCUGUGGUUGCCAAGGCGCCGGUGAUGAUGGCGUUUGAUCUGCGUAAGAUCCUGCAGAUGAAGAAAGACCCAGAGCCUCCGGCGCCUCCUAGCCCCACACAGGGGAAGAACAAUGACAACCUGGAAGAGGAGGAGAAGGAGGAGGAGGAGGAACAGGUUGGGAAUCUAGAGGUGGUACACGAAGAUGAGGAAGAGGAGGAGACAAAGGAGGAUAUUAUACCAACUGUUAUAGAGGAAGAUAUCUCUGAGAAGGAAGAGGAAGGAGUGACUGGGGGAGAGGAGGAGGGACAGGAGAGUCACGGAGCUGAGUCUCUGAUGGGGGAAGUAGAGGAGGAAAUAGCUGAGGAGAUAGGGGCUGAAGAACAGGAGGAGGAUGGAGUGGUGGAGGGAACUGAGGAUGAGGAGGAGGCUGGGGAAGGAGAGACAGGGUGUGAAAGUGCAGGAGAAGAUGGUGUGGAGGGGGCGGAGACUAGAGAGGGGGAGGAGUUAGUAGAAGGGGAGGAGGAAGAAGCAGGGGAAGCUGAAGCAGGAGAUCAGGAGGAAACUGGAGGAAAUGAAAAUCCUGGUCUUGAAACAGCAGAGGGGGAGGAUGUGGGGGAAGAGACAGGAGAGGAGGAGGAGACGGGAGACGAGGACGGAGAGGAUAUGGAAGGAGUAGACACUGGAGAGGGAGCAGCUAAGAAGGGGGGUGGAGAAAUGACUGACAGAGAGGAGACAGUGGAGAAGGAGACAGAGGAGGAUGGAACAGGAGAAGAGGACGAGGAGGAGGGAGGAGAGGAGACAGAGCAGAACAAUGUGAUGUCUGAUUUGAAGGUGGAAGAAGAAAUGGGAGCAUUAGAUAAUGAAAACACAGCAGGAGAAACAAUGGAGAAAGAGAAUGGAAAGGAGGAGGGAGAAACAGGAGGAGAGGAAGAGACCGGGGUAGCGGGAGAGACAGGGGGAGAGGGAGAGACAGAGGGAGGAGCGGAAGAGACUCCUGAGGAAGAAACAGAGGAUAAUUUGGGGGUGUCAGCAGAGGCUGAGGAUGAGGAAGAGGGGGGAGAGGGGGAGGUGCAGGAGAAUGCUGUGGCGGCGUUUAAUCCUGAAGAAGAGGAGGGUGAGGAGACGGAGGGAAAUAGAGAAAUCCCUCUGAUCCACCAGAUGACCAGAACCUCUGUGGAGUCCCAGCCAGGAUCAAUGGAGAACACAGACCUGGAGCCCAGGGCAUCAGACCCAGUUUCACAAAUAUGCUCCUUAACCCUGAUAAAGCCCAAUGAAACUGUCUCUGAUGGACACAAGAUGGCAUCUGCGGGGGAAGGAUCAGGGGGGAAAGGCCAGAGGAGGAGCCGAUCUCCAGCCAGAACCAAACGCAGGAAACCAAAAGAGAGCGGCAUAGAACUGGACGUUCUAGAUCUGUAA